GCAGGAGAACUGCGCUCUUCCUUCUUGCUUAUUCUGGCAGGCAGGAAGAAACAGAAAUGCGGUCGGCACAGCCGCGUUGCGCUGCGUCUUAAACAGGGUCUGAAGGACUUCCAUUGCAAAGUCUGCCUCUGGCAUUUCCCCGACUUCAUCCUGGUCGAAACUCCAGUCAUGUGACGCGCAUCAGCGCCAGAGACAGGAAAAAGGGGGACGUGUCAUCAGUUCAGUUCAGUGCCCGAGUAAAACUGCUCCGUAAGAUCGUCUGUGCCCGGGUGGGGUGGGUUAACGAGGCGAAAAACAACCCGUUGGCGUGCAUGGCACGGAGUGAGGCGCUGUGAUGAAAUCCCAAGCCCCGACACAUGUCUCCCUCCGUCCUUGACGGGCCCCCCCGCCCGCAGCGCCGACAGCGAGCCGGAGGAGCCGCCUGCUUCGGCGGACCGACACGGAGCAGAGGAGAAUGAGCAGUCCCGCCUCCUCUGGUCUGGGGCGCUGUGAGUGUCCUUAGGCCUCUUGGCUGCUCCGUAGUGUCCGUGUGCUUCAGGAAAUGGAAAAGAAACAGCUGUAGGCAGUGUAGCCAUGAAGCUGAACGAGCGCAGCGUGGUGCACUACGCCACCUGUGACUCCCCUCCGGACAAGACGGGGUUCCUGUUCAAGAAGGGGGAGCGCAACACGGCCUACAUCCGGCGCUGGUUUGUCCUGAAGGGCAACAUGCUCUUCUACUUCGAGGACAGGGACAGCAAGGAGCCUAUCGGGGUGAUCAUCUUGGAGGGCUGCACGGUGGAGCUGUGCGAGUCCUCGGAGGAGUACGCCUUCGCCGUCAAGUUCGACUGUGCCAAGUCCCGCGUCUACAAGAUGGCAGCCGAGAGCCAGGCAGCCAUGGAGUCCUGGGUGAAGGCGCUGUCGCGGGCCAGCUUCGACUACAUGAGGCUGGUGGUCCGGGAGCUGGAGAAGCAGCUGGAGGAGAUGCGGUCUCUGCACCGGCCCCAGAAGAGACCGGCGGCGCGCGGCAAGCCCGCGGCGGCGGCGGCGGCCGGUGUCGCCACGCUGGGCCCCGCGGGCGGGCUGCAGGCCACCUACAGCUGCUCCCAGCAGGAAGAGGUGCUCCUCCUGCCCAGCGCCCACGCCAAGGAGAACGGCGUCUCCUGGAACAGGCCGGCCGAGGCGCCGAACGGGUACCCGGCGUGCGCCGUCCAGGGAUCUCGGAUCCCGCCGCCGUACGAGAACGUGAGCGAGGACGGCGCUCGGCCCCCCCCGGUCCCUCCCCGCAGGAAGACCGCCUCGCUGGAGAGCCCCGUGUCCCCAGGCACGGUCUGCUUCUCGAAGCUGCACGACUGGUACGGCAAGGAGAUCGCGGACCUCAGGACCGAAUGGCAGCAGAGCCAGUGAGGUCUGGCUACGCUCCCGCCCCCAGCUCGUUUUUUUUUUUAAGGAAGAAAUAAAGUAAGUGAGACCGACACGUAGAAGGGUGAGCAAUUGUUUUUCCCCUCACGUGUUUUUUUUUUAUGUUUACAGAGAAAAGUUAAGAUCUGCGUGCUGUAUUUAUAGAGAUGGAAAGAAGGUGUAAUAUCACAUGAAAAUGUCUCAGUCCGUUUUGCACAGAAGUAUUUUUAGAAGCCUUGUAUUAUUUUUUUUUAGAAUGAAACCUGUCAUUACUGUGGACACUAUUAGUAAGCUAGCACAGUAGUGAAUUUUCCAUUGCGUUUUUUUUUACUUAACACUGUUUUAAAGAUUCUCUGGUUUUAAACUUCAGCAAUAAAGAAGCAUCCGAGAAAAAGAUCCUAUACAGUAUUCUACAUCUGCGGUACUGGAAAUAAUUAUGGAAACACUUAAGACAUACUAGCGGGAACCACACAGCUGGUGAUUACAAACAAUGCACCAUUAUUGUGAAUUGAUAUUUGGUAUGGGAGCCCUCUCCUUUGUGCAGAGUAUGACAUCUUAUCAUCUUGCCUAGUGUGUUUAUGUGUGACUGUAGACUGUUGUUUCAAAUAUCAUACAACACUUUUCACAAUUAAUUUGUCUGCUGGUGGGUUGAGUAAAUGGCACUUAAAUGGGUUGAUUAAAUGCCAUCCAGAUAACCGCAGCCUAAAUAAUGUUCACAUCUGAACUUUUUCAACAAGGCAUUUUUGCACGUGCUGCUGUGGGCACUUUGUGCUUUGUGCCUGUUUUUAUUCAGCGUGUUGGCUUUGUGCUAGGGGUCAUCUGGAAGAUCAGUGCUAGCAGAUGAAUUCCCACCUGAAUGAGAGUCAAGUUUCCACUAAUCCUCAUUUUAUGUGAGUCUUCAGAAAGGCAAGAACAAAGUCACGUCUAAGGUCUUUACCACACAUAAAAGCAUGUCAAAAUGGACCAGAGUUUGCAUGAGCAGCUUAGUGGUUCAUCCAACAUCCAUCUUCUAACAGCUUCUUCCAAUUCAGGGCCAUGGGGGAGCCAGAGACUGUCCAGGCACGCAAAGGGCGCAAGGCGGGGUACGCCCUGGACAGGACCCCAGUCCAUCCCAGGGCCAACAGACACAGACACAUACUCACACUCGCACCAGGGCUAAUUUUCCAGAAGCCAGUUAACCCACCAGCAUGUCUUUGGACUGCGGGAGGAAACUGCAUUCGCUAAUCAUUUUCUUGUAACCUUCUCCUGAUCUGUGCAUCUCUAAUACUUUAUCCCUAACUUGUUUAAAAAACGUCUUGGUCUUCAUGGUCCAUUUGUACAAUCACUUUGUGUUCUGUUGCCUAAAAUUCAAUAUUAAACUAUCUCUCCUAACUGAGGUACAUUACAGAAACAGAAGCAUUUACUCUGGAGCAAAGUUAAACCGACGUAUUAUUAAUUACAUGUUGAAAAGAAGGAAGGAGAAACAUUUCAUCUGUGAGCGCUUCUGCAGGUGUGUCACUAUGUUACACAUUUAUUAACACCCUUUGUAAAAAUCUUGUUGGUUUCAGGACUGUCAAACAAUCAAUAUGCAUUUUUUGCUGAAUGUGUUGAUACCAUUAGGCCUUUAAAGCACUCAAGUUCAAAAUGUGCCUUUUCACUCUAACAGAGCCAUGCAUUGUUUACCUAUUUGUUGUACGACACUGGCUGAAGUAGCAAAACAUUUGAGUCAGCAGAAAGACUGGCUGAAUGACAGUUCACUUGUAAUGCUGAACUGUAACUCAGCAGUAAUAAAUAACCUCUGUGCUUAAAAGGUCUACAAUACGUCUAUAUGUGUGGGUUACAAUGAAGGGAAUUUUAUAUUUUCCUAAGCAUGUCUGUUUUUAACCGUUUUAAAACAGUAUUUGAUACUGGUGAACCUGAGCUCAGAGUAUCAGUAAGAUCAGUAAUUGGUGAAGAACUGCCUUUAUUAAAUGUAGUUCCACAAUAAUGGUUAAAUCCUCUCAUUCACUCCUCAAUGGUGUUAAUGUUUCUGUGCCCUUAAGGUGUGGUUAAAAGGUGCUUAUUCAAAUCAAAAAGUUUUUUUUUCUUUGUUUUAAAUGCUGUAUUAUUUUGAUGUUUCUCUUUUCCUGCUUCAUUAUACACAAGUGGGGAUGUAUUGAAAUGCCUUUAAACAAGCUGUUUUAUAGAGUGUUCUUAGAAUAGAGGAUACAUGCUCUUGGUACGUGAGAAUACAAUAGUUAUUGAAAUGUGCAGCGCACAAACAUAUUAGCCAUAUUUGUCUUUCCAAAGUCAAUUUAAGGGAGGCUGAGGUGUGUUCACCUAAUUUUACAGGUGAACUUUCAGUUACCUAAUUGAUCUGAGGAUUUGAUUAAUUGGGUAAAAUGAUAUUUUAUAAAGACUCUAAAUUUGCUUGAGGUACGAAAUUUAAAUUGGCAGCAACAUUGAUAAGAGCAUAUUAGUGUAUGGAAAAUACUCAAAUCAACAUUGCUUUCAUUUUGGUAAAAAGUAGACGACCUUGCUGCCCCCAAAGAUUGAAGGUUGGUAUCCCUGGUUUAAGUCUUUUAGGGCUUAUCAUCUCUUUAUUUAAAUGCCACUGUGUAUUUGGUUUCCUGAUCAGCCAUGAAGGCACUGUUACAAGAGCUGGUUUGUCUGUCAUUCAGCCAAAUGCCGAAUAACAUCCAUUCCAGCAGCUGCAGUGCUUGGCUACAGAGUGCGGGUGGAAAGAGUAUAGGCCGCAUAUAUUGAAAAUGUGACCAGGGGGGAUUCAGGGAGCUGGUGAAAUGCAGAGCUCUAAUCGAGAGCUGCGUUGGUCCUUUGUCCAGUGCUUGGCUCUACUGUUGGUGCCGUGAAGUUCAUAGUAUAAACAAACAGUGUGUGUUUCUGUGUAAGUGUUCUUGUACACUAGACCUCUUGCUUGUACAAGCUUUGUCAUGGUAAUUGUCUUUUUUAAGUGCAACCUAAAGAAUAAUAUGGACCAAUUAACUUAAAAGGCCCUUUCCAGUGGAGUUAAUUGAAAACAAAGUAUUCUUGGUACCAUCAUUCAGCGGUAGGAUGGGUGAAUAUUGUUUACUCAUGCAACUUCAUUUUUAUGUUCUUUGGUUAGAAGCAUCAUGGUACUUAGUGUAUACAUUUAGUACUCAUGUUGAAAUAAAAUCGAAUCCAUCUGGGAAAUGUCUGUGUUUUCAGAAACAAAACUUGUAAAGUUCACAAUGCAUACUAGAAUAAGUUCAGCAUCAAGAACGAUGUAAGGGUCUAGUUUCACCAGUAGAUUAAACUGCACAAAGUGAUUAUAGAAAUGUGGCAUGUUAUGGUGCGUGUUGGGUGUAUGUGCAAUUUCAGCAGUCAGAAGAAAGGAUCCUCUCUGUAACUACAGGGUAAUCAAAUCAGGGCAAUAGCCAAAAAUCCAUAGGAUAAGAAUAAUACAGGACACACUAUUGUGAAAUAAUUUUUAAUUUUAUGUAAAGUACUUAGUCCUCUUUAUCCCAAGUGGGACAUAAAUCUACAACGAGUGUUUCUUAGCCUUGGCAGCUUGUUGUGCCACUGCUCCGGGGAGAUUCAUCUUGGCUGGCUCCUCUACCACAGUUCUGCAUGUAAUCUGUCAUUAAACGGCAUUUCUAAUUUGCCUCUUUCAAUAGGAACAAUCACAAUCUGUGCGAUUCACUUUAUUUGCGGUUUUCUCCAAUCCAACAGCCCCAGUACUUUCCUGGGACUGGAUCGGUCAGCAGGAGUAUAAACUACACAAGUUUAUUUAGAGGUGUAUAUAUAGAGUAUUAAAAUGUUCCGUAGUGCAGGACUGCCGCAGGAUUGAUUUUCGCAGGGAUCGUGGCGAGAUUGAAGAAGGCACUGUGGCAGAUUCCGAUGCUGAAGACCUUGGGAACAACAGUGGAGUGAGCUGCUCUCAGAACCAUUUUCUUUGAAAACCCUUUGAUUGUAAACCACUGUAAGCAAACAACCGGAGAUAAAUAAACAUCCCUCCUUUAAGCUGAGUUUGCCCAGUCUCUGUAUUUAGGUAGCUCCCCUCCCUGGGUCCUAAAUAAAUGGCUGAUGUAGUGUC